AUGAUCGAUCCCAAGAUAUCAUCAUCCGUUACCAAAUAUACCCAACUUGAUCCUGCUUUAUCUUUGGAACUGCGCAAAAUUAUUGAAACGAUUACUGCGCCUAAAAAAGGAUUGUUAGCCUGCGACGAAUCACCUGCGGGUUUGGAUCAAAGAUUCCACGAAAUUGGUAUAGAAAAUACCGAAUCCACGAGACGUGCUUAUCGAGAAAUGCUAUUGUCUGCUGACAAGUUUCAAUUCUCACAAUACAUAAGUGGCGUGAUUCUGCAUCAUGAAAUGAUCUAUCAAAAAACAUCAGAAGAUGUGGAAUUUGUGGAGUUCUUACGUCGAAGGAACAUCAUAGCCGGUGUAAAAGUCGAUCGAGGCCUGGUGCAUCUCUUCGGCACGGAGGAUGAAAAAACUACGCAAGGUUUAGACGACUUAGAGGAAAAUUGCAUUCGAUAUAAAAAAGAGGGCUGCCAUCUUGCUAAAUGGAGAUGCGUUUUUUCAAUUUCGGAACGACGUCCCAGUCAGUUAGCGAUGGUUGCCAAUGCAAAUGUUCUUGCGAGGUUUGCUAGCAUCUGCCAAAACGCGCGAAUAGUUCCCAUAGUGGAACCGGAAAUAUUAAGUAAUGGCGAGCAUGGUAUAGACUGGGCUUUGCAAGUUCACGAAGAAAUGUUGUCAAUCCUGUUUCGUGCUCUGAAUGAAUAUCACGUAUAUCUAGAAGGAAUGAUUUUAAAACCAGCGAUGGUAUUAUCAGGCAUGAACGCAAUAAAAUGCAAGCCGCAGAUCGUCGCUGAAUAUACGCUAAAAGCAUUACGAAGAACAGUACCCACGGCAAUUCCAGAUCUUUUUCUAAGCGGUGGCCAAACAGAUGAAGAAGCCGUAUUAAAUCUAAACGCUAUUAAUGCGUAUGACGAUAAAAAAUCAUGGAGGCUGAGCUUUUGCUAUGGACGUGCUCUGCAGAAUUCGGCAAUGAAAAUUUGGAAAAACAAUCCGGAGAACGUGGAUGAGGCUCAAGCAAUAUUUCUUAAAAGAGCUCAAUUAUGCUCCGAAGCAUCUUUAGGAAAAUUGCGACUUGAAAAAACCAACAUAUGUACUCAAAUAUAAAUUAUAGAUAUUUAUUUUUUUUGUUUAUAUAUAGACUAUAAUUAUACAUACAACGCACUCAUAAAUUUUUGUAAUUGUCCAAAAGAUUAAUAUAAUAUUAAUAUAAUACAAGUAUAGAUAUACAUUAUUGUUAAAUUAUUAAAAAAUAUUUUUUAAUAAAUAUAAAUAUGCAGAUUUAAUCAUCUUAUCUUUACAAAAUAUAUAUGUAUAAUUUAAAUAAAAAAUUUUCCGUUCAGAAUUUUCGAAAAUUACGAAUACGUGUGUGAGAUUUGGUUAUAAAUAAAUUAUUAUUAUUAAACGAAUGUAAAAGAGAUGCUUAUAAAAAUAUCUUUAUUGAUAAUUUCUUAUACAAAGUAUAAUUUUCAUCAAAUUUUCUGUGAAAAACUAAAUGUAUGUUGAUAAACUCUAUCUAUCAUCGCAUCAACCAUUAUCAGUACAUUUCCGUAUAAUUUUUAUGUCCUUGACAAAAUGUAAAAUUUUAAACGUCAAUAUUUGAAACAGACAUAAAAAAUCGACAAUACGUUGAUUUGAAAG